AUGGAUGGGAUGCAAAACUUCUCACUACAAAAUGUGCUGACUGAUGAAAAAUGUCCUACUGAUGUUAAAAUCAAGCACUUAAGUGAGUUCAAAGGGCAUGUCAAGAAAGAGCUUGUCCAUGAGCCAUCGAUACGAUCAUAUUUCGAGGCCCUAAGCUUUGUGCUUCGUAGUUGGCCGCAAGAGGAUAAAAGGGUGGUAAAUUUAUGUCAUUCCACUAUAUGCUAUUUAAUUAAGCGUGUGGCCAUGCAAGCUCCAUCGCAGUUCGAUGCAGAGACAAUGCUCAAACUGAUCAAGGCCUUGCUAUGGACGCUCACUGAGGACAGAAAACUGUGGAUUGGAACCGUAAAGGCAUUGGAGACGAUGUAUUUGGCGCAACCGUCUAUCUUCGAAUCAUGUCUCGAUCAGCUGUGCCUUGACAAAAGUGAUAGGACUGCUGUUUUACUGUUCAUCGAUGAGCUGGUGCAGUUGCACCAGAAACAGAAUAGGAACCCAAUGGAAGUGCUUAACCGGUUUAGGUCUCUUUUCUUGGGUAUUUUGAAUGACGCAAGUAUAACGAAUCCACAGCCAUUCGAGCUUAUCCAUGACAUUUUAGGCAAGUACUACAACAAACCGUCAUUGAAAGAGUUCGCAGAGCAUAUCAUACUUCCAACAGCCAAAAACGUUUUCUUAGACGAUCUCCAUAUGCAUUCUAGACGUGAGGGUAGCGUUCAUAAAGGCCUUGAUGAUCUUUUCGAUGUUGAACAAGAGUUGAGGGAGUAUCUCACCGAUAACUCUACUUCGCAAGCUGAUCUAACGAAAAAGGAUUAUAGUUCGGUUGAGUACCUGGAAAAAGAUUUGGAACAGUUAGUCGUACCAUUUCUCUCCAUCAAAGAGACUGAGCAUAACUGGAGGCAGCGACAAGAAAAUGUGAUAAAGCUCCGAAGUAUUCUUAGAGGGAAUGCUACUUCAAGCUUUGCUGAUCAACUGGUUGUACUUUUAAAGGAGCUACAAGUUACUGAUUGUGCUGCUAAGGCCGCUUUAUCUUUAAGAACUACACUGUCUGUUCAGGGCUGCCAGUUAAUAAAAGAUAUGGCACAUCGCUUGGAAGAAAAAUUAGACCCCAUUAUAGAAAGCCUGUUUGUUCCAAUGAGAAACCUCUUAUCAGCAACCAAAAAAAUAUCCUCACAGAACGCGUUCAUAACAAUUUGCGUGAUGUUGUCGUACGUUCAAUUUCACAAUCGGAUUUUCCAGCAAUGUUUAGUACUCUCGCGGGACAAAAAUGUAUCCCCUCGCUGCUUUGCGGCGGUUUUCUUGCGUAUAUUCAUCGUUAGACAUCAUUCAAGGUUGGAGAACUCAUCUCUAUAUAUUGACGAAUGGAUUCAGAGAAGUUUAUCUGACGCGCAGACCAAAGUACGUGAAACUAUGAGAAUAACUUUCUGGUACUACUACAAAAUGAGUCCUUCAAACGCCAAAAAAUUACUAGAAGGACUGUCCCCUCAAUUAAAAAGAGCGGUCGAAUUAUCUAUUCCAAAACACCUCAGCAUUGAUUAUAGGCCCAGCCAAGUAAACUCAUUAGAGUCUUCCCGGAGAUCAAGCCUGGGUCCAAAAAGAACUCCAAGUUAUGCAGGUCCUACGCAAUCUCAUCAUGCACAAAGAAACAGUGCCACUAGGUCUUACAGCGAUCUUGCUCCACGUUCAAACGUACAAAAUAAUGGAUACGAUCAUUCGAUUCGUAUCUCAAGUGAUAAACCUUUUGCCCAAGAUAAAAUGAUACAAAAGCCAGAAAAUACUAAUAGGACCGUAGAAAAUCUAGCAUCGCCUCCGAGCCCCAUCGGCAAUUCGCCGAUCGAGUUAACCGCAGAUCUCACUCAUAAUAACACAAGCACAAAUACCCUUAUUAGGAAGUAUAUGACGGAGCCAAGUUCAGGUGAACUCAAAACAAAGCAAUCCGACACUGAGCAAGAUGAAAUGAUGAAGUAUCUUUCAUCUGCUGUCCUAUCUGAAAAUAUUCAUGGACUACAGCUCCUUCGCAAUUUGAUUUUAAUAGGCGUUCCUUUGAAUAUCAAUAUCAAGCCAAUUUUGAGACAGAUUAUGAUCAAGAGCCCCAUAUCUUUAAGCGAACUAUUGAAGAUGUCUAAAUUUUACGACUUUUUACAACCGGGAUAUUUAAUUGAAUCCCUUGCAAUCAAUCAUAUUGAUUUUGAGUCAUUACUUGAAAAAUUUGAUGCUGAUGAAUUGAUUGAAGCAAUUUUGAUUUUAUUUAAUAAUCUGUAUCCAAAAGAAAAGGGACUGGCGCUUUAUUACGUGAAAUACAGACCAUUAAUAUUCAAUUACUGCUUCGAUGUCAUCAAAGAAUUGGUUGAAAAGAAAAGCAACAUAUCUGAAUUCGUAUACGACAACUGCACAUCAAAAUUGCUUGAAGUAUAUGGAAAUGAAUUUGAUAUGCCGAAGUAUAUGCAAUUGAUAUUUCAAAUUUACUCUUCACAUCCUGCUAGAUUUGUGAAGGUUUUACAGGAAUCACCUAUAUUUGUUCGCUUGAAGAUAUGCAAAGAAAUAAAAGAUCGAGAUCCUUCUUUCCCAGAGUCCACCGCUCUCAACCGUGAAUCCACCGUAGAAUUGGCUGCCGACGAAGAAAGAAAGUUUUUCGAGAUGACAAUGGUAAAUCCAUCUGCGCUACAGCAAAGGUCCAGUAGUACCGGAAGUGUGCUACAUAAUGACAUCAAAAACCUGCGGCCGGAGAACAGCAUUGGUAAUGAGGACAAGAUGGAGUUGGACAUUGAAGAGCCAGGAUUCACAAAAUAUGGAGGCCUUUCGAAACUUACAGAGAUGACGAGAGUUGUUAGUUUGUAUGAAAAGAAUCAGAAUAUCAAUCCCAUUGGUCAGUCACAAAUUAAUGAUGAAAAAGUCGAUGUCGAUAUGAAUCGCGAAGAUGGUCGUGAAGAGAAGAGUACGGAAACAGAUGUCGAUCUAAGUGACAUUUUUAGUCAGAAAACUCAUCAUAGAGACAUGACUGUGAAAUUUGAUGACCUGCCAACCAUUAUACGCCAAAGCAAAGAAGAGACUAUAUCAAACGAAUCUGGUCAGGAAAAAGGAGAACAUAAUGAGGAAUGCUUAAACCAAGAAUCCACUUCCUCUGAUCUGGAGAAAAUUACAGAUUCCGACCGGGAAAGUCUGCUGCCGACGGAACAAAAACUUGAUGGACUGGACAUGAAAUUGACAGCAGACCCUGAUUUUGAAAAAGUCGGUGAAUACGUCGGCAAGAAAGAGAAUCGAUUCAGUCAAACCUCUGAAGACGUGAAAUUUGACGUCUUCGCUAAGGCUACCAAAAAUUCACUUCUUGAAUACGAACUUCUGCUAUUUGAAAUGCUCAACAAGAAGGAAAACGAUUUUGGGACCCUUCAUCUCACAAUUCAUCAAAUAAAGGAUGGCACUUUUACAAUAAGGGAUCUGGAUUUUAUUAUUGGAAUGUUAGUAUCAUAUGGACAUGACCGACAAACUCUGCAGUGGAUGCUAUCUGAAGGUUUUCACGAUUUGAUGUCCAUGAAUAAUUUGCUAUUGGGAUCUUUCAGCGGAAAUAAAAAUAUUCCACCUAACAUCGUUUAUAAAACCAUCAUCCUGACAUCCUGUUUGGUGAACAUUCAAGCUGAAAUUCCAUCGUUUGCUUUUUCGUCUUCGAUUUCAGAACAGUUGUGGGAACAUUUGACCAACAUAAUAACCAACAUCAUCGAAUUCAACUCCCUGUAUUAUAUGUGCAAAGAUCUGCGGGAUCUUUUGUUGAGAACUAAUCUCUUUUCGAUUAAUCAGAUUGAACAACUACUGAGGCGAUCCUCUGAGAACGGUGCAAAGGCCAUCAUUAGAAAUGCCUUUUUAUUAGAAUCACUACUGUUCAUAUUACGCGUGGUAGGCAACACUAUUGAAGAAAGACAAAUUAGCACAAUUAUAUCAACAGUGAAAGAUUUUGCUUCUAAUGAUAUAACAGAAUGGCGAAUGCAUGCGACAUGGAUCCUAGCUCAUUCAUAUAAUUUACUGUCGUCCAGGGAUGCCGAUCAAUCGGAGUUUUUUCAAGAUUUACCAGAAAGCCAAAUGGCCCUAAUUAAAUCAUUAUCGACGCAAUCGUUGAGUGAACACGAAAUCUAA